ACCACAUCAUUGCAUUUUUAUUAUUAUUCUUAUUCUUAUUAUUAUUAUUUUUCACAUCUGUCAUUAUAAGUUUUACAAAUUAUUUUUUAUUCUCAAGUUCUCCAAAUCCACAUGAUUGUUCAGAAAAUUAAAAACCACUAAUAAGUUUGGUUUGCUAUUUUUAUUCAAAGAUGAGUCCAUCAAAGUCUCUAAGUCAUUGAUUUCAUAAAUCCAAACUUAGUGCUGUCACAUCUUCUUUUCCAGUUUAUAUAUAUAAUAGAUCAAGAAGGAAACUUUCCAUAAUCAUAUCAUCGUCAACCAUGAGAAAAGUUUUGUUGUUGUUUCUUUGUGUUAUUGUUGUAACAAAUUCAAGUCUCAAUGUAGUUUUAGCACACGAGAUGGUCGUCACUCCUCCAAACACGAUCAAAGAUAUAGAGCCAUACAUCUCGAAUAGAGCUCUUGGGUUUGUAUUGAAAUUGGAAAACAAUUGUCCUAUAAGAGAACAACUAAGAUCAUUCUUUGAGAAGUUAAAGGAUCUCUUGAAGUUGGAAUCGUCUGUUACGCCACUGAUCGAGAACAAUGAAUCUGAUACAUUCAAGUUUGAUCUAAAAUCAAAAUCCGAAAAUCUCUUGCAAACGAUGUUUAUGCUUGGGAGAGGACUGUUGAGUUCAAGUGUAAGAAAGGAGAUAUUUGAAGUGAUGAAAUCCCUCACUGAAUUACAUGCUGCAAUUGGUAGAGUUAUUAUAGAGAAACAUAUAAAAGGUGACGAUGAUUCAAUGUCUCUUUCGGUGGAACAAAAGAAUGCGGUAGAAAACUCGAUAACUGAAUGGGAACAAACGAUUACCCGAAUCGUGAAGAUUGUUGUAGAAGUUAAAUCAAAAGGUUCAACUGAGGCUGCGGUGCAUGAAAGCAAUACUUCUGAACACAAAAAUGUUUCAAUGGAUAGUAACAUGGUGGAUACCAAUGGAGAAGAUUCAGAAUCCACUCAAGAAAAAGCAUAUGGCAUUAAAAGAAGUUAUGGAGGCGAUGUAUCAAUGGAGACUCAAGAAGGAAAUAAGGGAGAAGAUGUUAAAGAAGGUAAUUUUGUUUCUAAGAAUGACGAAACAAAAGUCAUUAAAGAUGAAAAUGCAAACUCUAAUAUUGAGAAGGAAAUAGAGGGACAAGGUGAAAAUUUGGGUGACUCGACCAAUGAUAAGAAUUUGGAAACUAAAGAAGAUGUCAAGUCUGAGGUACAAGCUAAAAAUGAUGGAAGUUCCGUGACAGAAAAUUUGGAAGAAGCUCAAAAAAACAACAGAGGUUCAACAAUGGAUAUGAAUUUGGAGAACAAAGGAAGUGGGGAUGAGGCUAAAGAUAAUAAAAUGGUAAAUGCUACAACAAAUGAUGAAGAUCAAAAGAUUGAAGAGACUCAAGAAAACAAUGGAGAAUUAGAGAAGGAUAAGAACUUGGAAAACAACGUAGGCAAUAAAAUUCUAAAGGGAAAUGGAUCAACAAAGAAGAACACAACUAAUGAAAUUUCUAUUGAAGAAAAGCGAGAAGAGACUCAAAAAAGUCAUGAAAUUUCUAUGAAAGAAAAGCAAGAAGAGACUCAAAGAAGUCAUGAAAUUUAUAUGAACAAAGAAACAAUCAAAGAUAAAAAUAAAAAUUUGAACAAAGAGAAGGGAACAAAUUUUCAAGGAGAAAGUAUUGAAGACUUAACAAAGGGUACAAUUUCGAAUGACAAAAAAAAUGUUACAUCAGAGGUAAAUUCUAAUGGUACAAAUGAGAGCUAUCAAGAGGAUCAAGGAAAUGCUGGAGUUUCAACAAAAGAUAAGAACCUAGGAGCUGAUGGGGAGAAAAAAUAUGAUAAAUCAGUAGAGGUUAUGAAAAACGAAGACUAUACAAAAAAACAAAGGGAAGAGAAUCAAGGAAACAAUGAAGGAUCAAUGAAAAAUGAGAACUUAGAAAACAAAGAAGAUAAGAAAGAAUCAAAGGACGAUCAACCAAUAGAGACAAAGACAAAUAAUGAAACAUCUAAGGAAGAAAAAGAUGAACAUAGGCAAGGAGGUCAUGAUAUUUCCAUGAAUGGUAAGAUAAUGGAGAAUAAAAGUGGAAAUGCAUAUUCUAACAAGGAGAAGGAAGUACAUGUUGGAGACUCAACUAAUGGCAACAAUAUAGAGAGUAAAGAUGACGCUAAGUUGGAGGCUGAGUUAAACAAAAAUAAUGGAGGUUCUAGGAAGGAGAAGGGAGAAGAGGGACAAGGGACAAACGAAGGUUCACUGAAUAAUAAGAACUUGGAGACCCAAGUAAGUCAAACUGAUUUAAAGGAUGAUAAGUCGGUUGCGGAUAAAGAAAAUUUGAGAAGUUCUAUGAAAGAAAAUCAAGAAGAAGCUCAAAGAAAUGAGAGAGAUAAGAAAGAAGCUAGCGAUGAUAAGUCAGCAGAAAUUAAGGGAAAGAAUAAGGAGUCUAGUAAAAAUAAGUCAAUAAAGACUAAUGAAAAUAAGAAAAAUAAUAGAGAAGAUUUUGUUCACGGAAAAAAAAAAGAGUCCAAGACGUUAGAAACUGGAGAAAAGAAAGAAUUUAAAGACGUAAAAUUAGUAAAAGCUAAGGAAACUAAAGAAAUUUCCAUGAAAGAAAACCGAGAAAAGAGUCAAGGAAGUAGUAGUGGCGGCCUUAGUAAAGAAGAUAACAAAGAAGAAAAGAAAGAGUCAAAGAACUAUCAAACAGGCAAAAAAAAGGCAAAUAAAGAAAAACAAGAAAGUGCUCAAGAAAAUACUAGAGUGCAUACAAAGAUAGAUAAUGAAAAAGAUAGUAAAAAUUUAAAGGAUGAUAAAUCAGUGGAGACAAAAGCAAAUAAAGAAAAUUUCGUGAAGAAAAAGCAAGAGCAAGCUCAAAGAAAUGACAUAGGUUCAACAAAAGUAAAGGAUUUCAGUUCUGAAGAUGCAAGGUUAAAAAAGAAUACAAAAGAAGAUAAAGGUUCUAGUAAUGACAUAGAUAUAGAUGUUAAAAAUAGAAGCGGAGAGUCAACAAAACACAAGAAAGAAAAAAAGAAAGACAUAAAGAAAGAAGAGAAAAAAGAUACAACAACUGAUGUAAAGUCAAAGGAUAAAAGAAAAGAUAAUCAUGAGCAUGAAAAGUCUAGAAAGAGUAUUUUGAAGAAACAAAAAGAAGAUAAAAAGGAAAAGAAAGAGUCUGGAGAUAAUAUAUUAAAGAAUAAAGAGAAGAAAGGAUAUGAAGAUAAUAAAUUGAAGAUAAAAGACGAAAGUAAAACAGAGAAUACUAAUUCGAAAGAUUACAAGAAAAAAGAGGAAAAUAAAAAAGAGAAGCAAGAUUUUGAAAGCAAUAUAUUGAAGAAACAAAACGAAGAUAUUAAAGAGAAGGGAGAGUUUGGUGAUGUUAAAUCAAAGAAUAAAGAGAAGAAAGAAUGGGACAAAAAAGAGAAGAAGGAACACAUGAACAAUAGAUCAAAGAUAAAAGAGGAGAAUAAACAGAAGAAAACAAAUUCAAAAGAUUACAAGUCAAAGAGAAAAGAAGAAGAUAAAGGAAAAACUAAAGAAACUAACAGAGAUUUAGUAAAUGGUACGAGUAUAGAGGUUAGAGGAGAAAACAAAGAGUCCAGAGAUGGUAAAAGAAUUGAAUCUUAUCAAAGUAAAAACAAUUCCAUAGAAGAAGUUUCCAAUGAUGGUAAGAAAGUUGAAAUCAAAGGAGGUAAAGAAAGUUCUUUAAAAGAAGGCUCCAAAGACAGCAUUAGAGGUAAGGAAGAAAAUUCCAAAGCUGAUAAGAAGAAUGAACAUAACAAAGCUAAAAGAGAUUUUAAUGAAAGAGGUUCUAAAGAUGGUAAUACAACUGAAAUCAAUGAAGGUAAAGAAGAUUCCAUGAAUAAAGAUUCUAAAAAUGGAAUGUUAGUUGAGACAAGUGGAGGCAAAAAUCACAGAGAAGAAGGUUCUGUAGAUGAUAAGACAACGAACAUCAAUGGAAACAAAAAAGAUUUGAAAGAUGGUAACAUAGUUGAAAUAAGUAUAGGUACAAAUUCCACAUACGAAAGUUCUAAAGGUGGUAGUACAGUGAAAACCAAUGGAGGUAAAGAUGUUUCAAUGGAAAAAACUUUUAAAGCUAAUCAUAUAGAUGAUAAAGGUCAAGAAGACUAUAAGACAAAUGAAACUAAUGGAGGUAAAGAAGUAAAUAUGGAAGAAGGUUCUAAAGAUGAUAAAAAAGUUAAAGCAAAUGGAGGUAAAGAAGAUUCAAUGGAGGAAAAAUCUAAAGAUAGAGGUACAAAUUCGAUGAAAAAUACAUCUGAAGAUAGUAAUAUAGUUGAUACCAGUGGAGAUAAAAAAGAUUUCAUAAAAGAAAAUUCUGAAGACGCUAAGAGAGCUGAAACCAAUGGAGGUAAAAAUGUUUCAGUAGAAGAAAAUUCUAAAGAUGGUAAUAUAAAUGAAGUGCAUAAAGGUCAAGAAGACUCUACAAAUAAAGGUUUCAAAGAAGGUAAGUCAGAUGAAAUUAAUGGAGGUAAAGAAGUAACUAUGGAAGAAGGUUCUAAUGAUGAUAAAACAACUGGAAUAAUUGGAGGUAAAGACAAUUCAAUGGAGGAAAAAUCUAAGGAUAGUGCGACAGAAAAUUUAAAUGGAGCUACAAAUUUGACGGCAGAUGGUAAGAUAGUUGAAGCCAAUGGAGUGAGAGAAGAUUCUAAAAAUGGAAGAAAAUUCCAAAGCUGNUUCUUUCAGAAACUUAAAGAUUACAUGAAAUACUUGUGUCCAGUCUCUUCAACAUUAAAAGCAAAAGACUCAAGCUCUUACAUGUCUGAAAUGGUAAAUAUGGCCACAAAACUCUCAGAUGCUAUGGCUGUCUUGCAAGCCAAGAAAAGUGGGUCAGGACAGAUGAAAACAACACUACAAGGAUAUCAAGAAGAAGUGAUGAAGACUCUAAACAUCUUACAAUCAGUUAUGACCAAAGCCAUAUCUGAAAAACAAACUACGAGCGGUGGUUUGUUCACGCUCACACUAUCACAACAAGAAGCAAUCAAGGAGAUAUUGUUGAAAUGGGAACAAGUUAUGUCUCAAUUUGUGAAAGUUGCAACAGAAAGUGAGAAACAAUUUUCAAUCGAGAUUUCAACCGGAAAUGGCUAUCACAUGAAGAAGAGUUCUAACUCUAGUUCGAGCUCAAGUUCGAUUUCGAGUUCAACUUCAAGUUCAAAUUUGGACUUCCAGGUCAACGGUGAAACUUUAAAGGGACUGGAUAUGGAUGGUUAGAUAGUACAUAUAUAAAUAAUAAACUCUAAAAUAAUAUUAUUUAUGAUUAAUUAAAAAAUAUUUUUAACUGUAAAUUAAAUCCAAAACGUUUUGAGGUUUAGACUUUUAUAAAAGAAUGUAAAUGUGGAUGCAAAUCAUACAUUUU